GCACUGGGCUCCGCGGAAGUACCCGCUCCCCCCCCUCCCCAAAGGUCAGCAGUCAUCUCCUGUACUGUCCACAGUCUCUGGUCAUCUCCUGUACUGUCCACAGUCUCUGGUUAUCCCUGGAGGGAAGUCCGCAGUCUCUGGUCAUCUCCUGUACUGUGUCCGCAGUCUCUGGUCAUCUCCUGUACUGUGUCCGCAGUAUCUGGUCAUCUCCUGUACUGUGUCCGCAGUCUCUGGUCAUCUCCUGUACUGUGUCCGCAGUCUCUGGUCAUCUCCUGUACUGUGUCCGCAGUCUCUGGUCCCCCUGUA